GUAUCAAUUGCUGCAGAAAAUCUCUAAAGAAGCUUCUUGAUGGAGUUCCUCUUUUUAAAGAGAUUCACCAUGAUGUGGUUUGUCCUGGGUGUCAAAAUGGAAAAUCACAUCGCCUCCCUUUUUCGAAUUCAAAGAAUAGAGCUUUCGCUGCGUUACAACUGGUUCAUUCAAAUCUGAUGGGGCCAACAAGAACACCCAGUUACUCUGAUUUUCGCUAUGUAAUGGUCUUGUGGACGACUUUUCUCGGUUCACUUGGGUGUACUUCUUAGCAAACAAAAGUGAGGCUUUCUCUAAAUUUGUGUAGUUCAAGGAGCAGGUAGAGAAAGAAUUCGAGCUGCAAAUCAAGUGUCUACGCACCGACAAUGGAGGAGAAUAUAUGUCUGAUCAAUUCCUCGAUUACUGCAAAGAACAUGGCAUUCAGUGUCAAAAGACUUACCCGAAAACUCCACAGCAAAAUGGAGUUGAUGAGCACAAGUUGGCACAUCUUACAUCUAUGUGCUUCCCAUGGUUGCAUAUAAAGAACCUUCCAAGAGAGCUGUGGGCAGUAGUUGUUCAAUUAGUUUGUCAUGUCAUAAAUCGUUUACUUUCAUGGCUAGGGACAAAACCAUCUCUUUUGGAAGCACUAUACUAUCACAAACCCAAUGUGAGUUAUUUUCGAGUCUUUGGUUUAGUUUGUUAUGUCCAUGUCUCAAAAACUAAUUGGACUAAACUGGACCCAAGGGCAAGGCCCUAUAUUUUUGUUAGUUAUGAUACUCACUAGAAAUGAUGGAAAUGUAUGGAUCCAGAAACAAAUAAAGUUGAUGUUUCCCGUGACGUGG